AUGCUUGUGGUAUCACUCUAUGUUGAUGAUCUUCUGGUAACUGAAAGCAAUGAAAUUAUCGUUAAUCAAUUCAAGCAAGAAAUGGAGACCAAGUUUGAGAUGUUAGAUUUGGGGCAAAUAAAUUACUUUCUGGGAAUGGAGAUUCAUCAAGCUACUGAUGGAAUCUUCAUUUCUCAAAGAAAAUAUACAUGGGAUAUUCUUAAAAAGUUCAAGAUGGAGAGGUGUAAGCCUGUAUCAACUCUACUAGUUCACAAUAAAAAUAUCUCAAAGUCUGAAGGAGGUGAUAGGGAUGAUCCAAUACUUUACAGAAGUCUAAUUGGUAGUUUACUAUAUUUGACAGCAAAAAGACCUAAUUUCAUGUUCGUAGAAAGUAUUUUGAAAAGGUUUAUGCAUUCUCCAAUUCAAGUUCAUCUUCGUAUCGCUAAACAAACAUUGAGGUAUAUCAAGGGAACUGUUGAUUACGCUAUUUGGUUUAAAGCGGAAGAGCAAAGGCAAUUAAUGGGUUAUUCAGAUAGUGAUUGGGCAGGAAACGUUGAUGAUAUAAAAAACACUUCUAGAUAUGCUUUUACACUUGGUUUAGGCAUGUUCUCAUGGAACUUAAAGAAGCAAGAGGUGGUAGCUUAA